GCAGGAGAUAAGAUAGGUUCAUACAUAAAACCCACCCCAGCAUCACACCUCUGCUGGGAGUCCACACACGAUCAUUCAGAACAUGGCGAGUAAGAAGGCCUCCAAUAAGAGACAGAGGGGAGGACAGAAGUCCUGCUCCAAUGUCUUCUCCAUGUUCGAGCAGAGCCAGAUUCAGGAGUUUAAGGAGGCCUUUGGUUGUAUCGACCAGGACAGGGACGGUGUUAUCAAAAAACAAGACUUGAAGCAGACGUAUGCACAGCUGGGGAAACUUAAUGUCAAUGACGAGGAGUUGGAUGAGAUGCUGAACGAGGGGAAAGGGCCCAUUAACUUCACUGUGUUCCUGUCUCUGUUUGGAGAGAAACUCAAUGGUACCGAUCCUGAGGACACCAUACUUGCUGCCUUCAAACUAUUUGAUCCCAAUGGCACAGGCUUUGUCAACAAGGAUGAGUAA